UACCAAGAUGGCGUCGCCGCGGUAGCUGGCUUCGGGUUGUGGCGUCCAAGGAGUUGCGACGGUUUCUGCGCUCGGGCCGUGGGGACCGCAACGCUUGGCUGGUCCCUGCGGCGGCCCGUAGCCCCUCCUUAGGCGCUCGUUCAGUGCUGGGGCUUUUUCUGUCGCGGUGGGUUCGGGGAAGUGCUGGUGACCUCGCUGCAGGUGCCCUGCGCCGGCCGCGAUACCCGGAGGAGGAGGAAGUCAACUGGCUUCCCCGGACUUCUGGACCUGCGGAGUUCAUGAGGCCUCCGAGGGCACUGGAGGAGCUACACUUCUGAGGGGGCUGCCUAGUACCCCUGAGGGUAGACGAAGACCGCAGCGACUUUGCUUCCUCCUCCACAGGCCUGGCUUCCCCGCGUUGAUUACCCCCGCAUCCUCUCCCACUUCCUCUCAAUGUUCUCUCCAUAUAUCUGGAAAUAUGAUCAGCGCCCCUGACGUGGUGGCCUUCACUAAAGAAGACGAGUACGAGGAGGAACCUUACAAUGAGCCGGCUCUACCCGAGGAGUACUCGGUGCCUCUUUUUCCCUUCGCCAGCCAGGGAACUAACCCAUGGUCCAAACUGUCCGGGGCCAAGUUCUCUCGAGACUUCAUCCUUAUUUCUGAGUUCUCUGAGCAGGUGGGACCCCAACCCUUGCUGACCAUCCCCAAUGACACCAAAGUUUUUGGUACUUUUGAUCUCAAUUACUUCUCUUUGCGGAUCAUGUCUGUGGAUUACCAGGCCUCUUUCGUGGGCCAUCCCCCUGGUUCUGCUUACCCCAAACUGAACUUCGUGGAGGACUCCAAGGUGGUGCUGGGAGACUCCAAGGAAGGAGCCUUUGCAUAUGUGCACCACCUUACCCUGUAUGACCUGGAGGCCCGUGGCUUUGUGAGGCCCUUUUGCAUGGCUUAUAUCUCGGCAGAUCAGCACAAAAUCAUGCAGCAGUUCCAGGAGCUUUCAACUGAAUUUUCUAAAGCUUCUGAGUGCUUGAAGACAGGCAACAGGAAGGCAUUUGCUGGGGAACUUGAAAAAAAACUGAAAGACUUGGAUUACACCAGGACAGUGCUGCACACCGAAACAGAGAUCCAGAAGAAAGCUAAUGACAAAGGCUUUUACUCAUCUCAGGCAAUUGAGAAAGCCAAUGAACUGGCCAGUGUAGAGAAGUCCAUCAUUGAACAUCAAGACCUGCUGAAGCAGAUCCGCUCAUACCCUCAUCGGAAGUUGAAGGGGUCUGAUCUGUGUUCUGGGGAGAUGGAGCGCAUCCAGGAUCAGCCGGACCAGGCAGCCACUACCUCUAACCCUGAUGAGUCUGCUGACACAGACCUUUUUACCUGCAGACCCAGCUACACCCCCAAACUCAUCAAAGCAAAGUCCACCAAGUGUUUUGACAAGAAGUUGAAGACCUUGGAAGAGCUCUGUGAUACUGAAUAUUUCACUCAGACCCUGGCUCAGCUCAGUCACAUUGAGCACAUGUUCAGAGGAGACCUGUGCUACCUCCUGACCAGCCAGAUUGACAGAGCACUACUAAAGCAACAGCACGUAACAAACUUCCUUUUUGAAGACUUGGUGGAGGUCAGUGACAGGGUGGUAGACAAACAAAAGAGUGCACCCCCUCAGCCCUGUCAAGACAGGCCACUUUCUAGGUCUCUAGAAGAAUGUCCGAUCCCUCAAGUGUUAAUUAGCAUUGGCUCUUACAAGUCUAGCGUGGAGUCUGUGCUGAUCAAGAUGGAGCAGGAACUGGGAGAUCAGGAGUACAAGGAAGUGGAAGUGACGGAAUUGAGCAGUUUUGACGCCCAGGAAAACUUGGACUAUCUGGAUUUGGAUAUGAAAGGGAGUAUCAGCAGUGGUGAAAGCAUUGAGGUUUUAGGCACGGAGAAGUCCACCUCUGUGCUGUCUAAGUCUGACAGCCAGGCCAGCCUCACGGUGCCAUUAAGCCCACAAGUGGUCCGGAGCAAAGCUGUCAGCUACAGGACCAUCAGUGAGGACAGUAUUGAAGUCCUCAGCACCUGCCCUUCUGAGGCCCUCAUCCCUGACGACUUUAAGGCCAGCUACCCAAGUGCCAUUAAUGAAGAAGAAUCAUACGCAGGUGACAGUGAGGGAGCCAUCCACUUCCAGGCAAGCAUCAGCCCGCCAGUGCUGGAUGAGGCAGAGGAGGGCAGCUUGGAAAACACUCCGUCACAAACAGACUCCUCCUGCUGCAUUGGGAAGGAGAGUGACAGUCUGGGACUGCCACCCUCCACUCCAGUCCACACACUCUCUGACGAGGAUGGAGUAGUGAGCAGCCCCCCACAGCGCUACAGGCAGAAGGACCAGGGGUUCCCUGUGGACUUGGCAGUGGAAAACGCCCACCCUUCCCAAGACAACACUUCUGAAGGCUUCCCUGCUUAUGAACUUGACCCAAGCCACCUGCUGGCUAGCCGGGAUGUUAGUAAGAGCAGCCUGGACAACUACUCAGACACCACCAGCUAUGUGAGCAGUGUAGCCUCCACCAGCUCGGACAGGACUCCCUCCUCUGCUCAUCCUGCUGGCCCCUCUUCAGAGAGGCAUCAAAAGAGGGCUGGCCAGAACGCCUUAAAAUUCAUCCGCCAGUACCCCUUUGCCCACCCAGCCAUCUACUCCCUGCUCAGCGGGAGGACGCUCGUGGUCCUGGGGGAGGACGAGGCCAUAGUCAGGAAGCUUGUGACAGCAUUGUCCAUCUUUGUUCCCAACUACAGCCGCUCUGUCAAACCUGUGAAGCAUUGGGUCUCCUCCCCUUUGCACAUUAUGGAUUUUCAGAAGUGGAAGCUUAUUGGUCUGCAGAGAGUGGCGUCCCCUGCUAGUGCUGGCACCCUCCACUCUCUGAGCCGCUACAGCCGCUACACAAGCAUCCUGGACCUAGACAACAAAACCCUGCGCUGCCCGCUCUACAGAGGCACCCUCGUGCCCCGGCUGGCAGACCACCGCACUCAGAUCAAGCGGGGCAGCACCUACUACCUGCAUGUCCAGAGCAUGCUCACCCAGCUCUGCUCCAAGGCCUUCCUCUAUACCUUCUGCCACCACCUGCACCUGCCUGCCCACGACAAGGAGACAGAGGAAUUGGUUGCCAGCCGCCAGGCAAGCUUCUUGAGGUUGAACCUGGGCUUGGUGAAUGAAGAUGUCAAGGUGGUCCAGUACCUGGCUGAGCUGCUGAAGCUGCACUAUAUGCAGGAGUCUCAUGGGACCAGCCAUCCCACGCUCAGGUUUGACUAUGUCCCCAGCUUUUUGUACAAAAUCUGAGGUCAGUCCCAGCCACUGUGACCAAGACCUGUGACUCAGGGUAUGGGGAGGGGAGGGAUUGGCAUGACGAAGCAGUCCUCUGACCUGUUGAGACUUCUGGUGUAAUCAGUGGGAAGGAAACUAAGGUGGGAGCCUUGGCUCCAGGCAAUCUGUGAGUUGGACUUGGGCAGACAAGGGAGCCUGGCUCUCUCUGAAGGCUUCUGGAAGGACAGUAACAGCUCUCUCAGCUCCUUGGUGAGGAGUGGCCCCUGCUGAGGACUGGUAGCCAGGGCAGAAGAAAGGUUUGAGGGGGUGGGAUGAGGGGCAGGAAGGCAAGGCCUGAUGGGAGGAGCAUGCUGGCCUCAUUCAGUUCUGCUGAACACUGGAGCAGCAAAAUCAAGGGAAGCAGUCCAUUAACUGGAAUGAUUUGGUGGAAAACAGGAUGGCGGACCAUCCAUUGCCUCGUUCAGACCCCAGCUGGGACCUUUUACUUGGCCUCCUAGAGCCCAUCAUCCCAGGGGAGGCCCCUGCAUGAGUGAGGUGGAGGGGAGAAAGCUUGGCCCCAGCUGGGUGAUGGAAAACACACAGCCUUUUGAACCCCAAGACACCCUGGCCCCAUCCUCACUUCUGCUUGUAGGUGGGCCUUGGAAAUCACUCCCAUGGUCAGCAGAGGUGACUAAACAGUCACUAGUCCCUGGUUGUGAGGAGGAAAGCCCAGGAGACAGGCAGGGCCAAGGUGUCAUGAGGCCAUCACCACUGUGCAAGCAAUGAAGAGCCAGCAGGCUCUCGGGCCCGGUCCACCAGCUUUUCUGGCCAGAGUGAGUGAGCACUGUUCCUUUGGGCAAGGUCUGCAGAUAUGCUGGAACUCGGCAGAGGUCACCCCCCAGUCCUCUCACCCAUAGCAAACCUUUGCAACCACUUCACUACCUCUCACAGGGUCUCGUGGGCAAGGUGACAGCAGAGUUCUGUGCAGCUGGCUGGUCUUGGGUGGACAGCCCAGCUGGUGAUAACUCAUAGCAGGAUUGUCUCCACGAAGGAAGAAAGCCUCCUUGUGUGGCUGUCUUUGUUGAUUUGCCUCUGGGAGGCCCCGGAGGCCGGAGUAUGCACAUCUCACGGCAGCUCACUCCCACCCCAGCAUGUCCCCCAGGUACACACACACCACCACAGCUCACUCUCCCCUCAUGCGGGUCUCCCAAGUUGUGGAAUGAGCCACUCCCUGGUUCACCCAAGACCUCCCUGAGGCUUUAUACACAAAUGCCACUGGUACGUAGAUGGUUUCUUGCAACCUUGAAAAUUUUGUACCUUUUUUCUUUUCAAGCUGUUUUUUCCCCUAAUUAGGGAGAACUCUUGGUAUUACUGCUUUUUAAUUUGUUCCCAGAAAAUUGUGAUAAAAUAGACCUGAACCAGCCACAAGUGGUUGCUCCUGAGCAUGUGUGUAUACGUCUAGUGGGGCCACGUUCCCUAUAGCUGGGGUCCUACUGUUGAGACAUGGUCUACCCUCCAGCUUUGUGGCACACUGUUGAGGUCACAGAGGGGAGGCAGAAACCCCUGGUGACCAGGGAAGGUUUGUGUCCCAUGACUCCAGUAGUCCCUUUUUUGCCCAGGUCUUCUGCACAAGAUAUGGUUGUUGGCUCCUGGCCACUGGCUCUGCCCAGGGUCCCUGUUCCUGUCAGAGGGUGUGUGUUUGCUUCUGAGGCUGUGCUCCUUGUGGCAGAUGGUGCUGCCUCCAUCUCAUCCAUUUUCUUUAUACCUGUGCACAUUGCAUAUAUUCACAGAGGAGUCACCAGGACUGUCUUGGCAGCUUUUAAAUGUGAAGUGUGUGUUUGCCCAUGGGGAAGGCUACAUGGGAAGCCUGUUUCUCUCCAUGGGCUCCUCUUAUCUGUUACCACCUCCCCUCCCUCAUGUUCUGGAUGCUGCUUGGUUUUCUAACUGGGUGGCCAAUUGCUGACUAUUUAGGCCUCCAGGGACAUGACCUUAUGACAUUUAUCUCCAAGAGAAGAGAGGUCUGUGGGGUCCAAAUGACAAAAUGGAAAGUGACCACUGGCACCACCAUGGCUAUUUCUUUCCUGUGUUUCACUCCAAUGUGGACUCUACAGUUAAUGCUGUUCUCAACUGGAAAACUGUUAAAGGCAGAAGGUCAGUCAUACUUGGCCUUCUAGAAGCAAAAGCCACGUACUGCCGUGGGCUGAAGUAGAAGUCCCCUUUGGAGGGUGUUUGCUCAGAACCUCCAAGGACUUGAAGGCAAGAGACCAGAGGGGUGUGAACAGGACGCACUGUCCUGUGGGGCCAGCCACAGAAAGAGCAAACGGGGAGCAUCUCACUUGAGUUGUUUGUUCGUUAAGAAAUAAAGCUGGCUUCAUGGACUGACUAGUGGUUGAACUCAAGGAUUGAAAUUUUUGGUUAAAAUCUAACACUUCAAUGUGGCACUUUCAAAGGAUUGCUUGAUGCCAAGUAUGUUUCUUUGCAAAGGGAUCAAGUGGAGCUAGGACUGAGCCCCUCUGGGCAGAGGCAGGUGAGGCCAUGAAGCUGCCCCUCCCCAGUGCCCCCCACUUGGGAGAAGUGGAACCCACUGAAGACUCAGACGCAUCUAUAAAUCUUCAUGGUAGGAGUAAUCUCUUCAAGAAUUUUCACUUGAGGCUUUCCUCUAGUAAUAGGUCAUUAAGUGUUAAUAAGACAUUUAAAAACACUUCCCAGAAAACAGGACAUCAGAGCCCCUUAGUGCUUCUUCAGUCCCAUCACUUUGAAGGCCUAGGCACCCGACCUUUGAGGUUUGUUUCACCCUUAUUUCUAAUCCAUCACCUGCCCCUCCCUUUUUAAAGCAGUCCAGGUUAAGGAAAACCUGAUCAGGCGAGCGUUUACACAGUAGUGACUUCCAGAUGCUCUAAUUUAGAGAAGUCGUUUCCAGCUGGAGCCUUUUAUAGCACUUGGGGCACCAGGGACACUCCAGCCUGAGCUGCUCGCACCUCACAGCUUCCCUAGGGCCCUUGCUCCUUUAGUGGAAUCUUUUGAUUUUAGAAAUUGUGACUUUUCUGUAAUUUACUGCGAUGGCUGAAAUUAAUACACAUUGCACCAGAAUGUGGAGAUGGGCCGUGAUGGCUCACCUGUGAUUUCCCUAGCUUUUAACUUCAUUUCAGAUCAGUUACUAUAUUCAAGGUAGAGUAGACUUCAAUCGCGAACAAACAACAAAUCCCACUUCAAAAUCCUAGGAAGGCCAAGAGAUUCGACCCCAAGUGCCAGGGCUGCUGCAGUUCAGUGACAUGUUUCUGGAGGCCAAGUGCACGCAGUCUUGAAAAUCUCACAUGCACACUGACCACCACUUCUUCCAGUGCCAGACGCACGCCCACGCCUCCCCGGACCUGUUGCAUGUUGCAUGGCAGGCCAGCUUCUUGUGCUGCUGCCCUGUCGUCUUUGCACAGGUAGUAACACUCCCUAGCUGGCGGGGAUCCACUGGCAGGUGGACAACCUUCGGAGGCACUGAUCCCCCAAACCAGCAAUCUGAUUUUACCUCCCAUCUCUUCAGUCAGAAGGAAGUGCCUUGGUUCGUGCUUUCAAGCAAACCAGCCAGCUUUCUGGCUUUUCUCCAGUAGUGUGAUGGAAAGUGAUAAAACUGGAAUCUUUGAAAGAGAUAGAGUAUCAACAGACUGAAAUAAGGAAAAAGCAUCAAAUUUCUACUUCUGGCUGGAAACAAAACCAGUCUCAGAUGAUGAGGUCUGAGCACACCAAGCUCUCCUGAGCCCUUUCUCCCUUGAGCAUGACCUAAUCUGGCCUUGGUUGGUAAGCCUGGGUUUUGGCCAUGGGAAGGAGGAAGCAGGAGUGGCGAGGGGAUGGAACAAGCACUUUGCAGUGAAUUAAGCUGCUGCUAUGAGGCUCCGGCUUCCUGGGAUGACUGUUCAGCUCCAAAGUGGAGGCUACAAAGAGGUCUUGGAGAUGUCCCUUUGUCUUCAGUUGGAGAAGAGUCAAACCCUGAAUGUAAGACUGUUUUGGCAGCAUAAUGGUCCCAAAGUGAAUGGAGAGAUAUGGGACUGGUGUGUCACCCACACCCCAUGGAGACUGCAGCAGCUGUCCCAGCCGUGCUGGAGCAUACCACCACAGGGACGCCUGCCAGACAGGACCACCGGGUGCCUCACCCACUGACUGCCUGACACUGGCUGGCUGGCUGCACAGUUGGGUGGAGAUAAAUGCCACCUUUAAGGUUUUAGUGAAAAGCAUAGUCGUGAGGAAGUCGUAUUUGUUAUUUUCUGGAAAGCUAUUUUAUUACUGCAUGUUCCUCUGUCUGUGUGUGUGAAUGUGGGUCCGGCCACCACGUGAGCUGUGGUCAUCAUCACGGUGGCUGAGGACAAGAGUAUGCCAGACAAGUGUGUGACAGCAGCUCCUAAGUGUGGCUGCACCAGAGUUUAACCAGAGUAAAUGCCAAAUAGUAUGAGAAGUGUACUUUUUAAGAAAUUAAUUUAUUUGAGUUGUGAUAUUUUUGAAAUAUAAAAACUGGUUGUAUUUUUUAAAGCUAUAAUUCUUGUAGACAUUCUGUGGUUAAAAACUUGAUUCUGCUUAUUAAAAAUGGUCAUCCAUGUUUUGCACUUCAGCUUUGUGAAAAAUAAAGUUUCUCUGGGAAGGUGA